AUGGUCUUCCUCGAAGCUUCAUCAUCUUCCUCUUCCUCCUCUUCCUUCAGUUAUCAAUCGGGUUACGAUGUGUUCUUGAGCUUUAGAGGUAAAGAUACUCGAAACAAUUUUACUUCUCAUUUAUACGCUGCUUUCAAUCAGAAGGGAAUCAACACCUACAUAGAUAAUGCCCUUGAAAGGGGAGAGAACAUUUCCCCAGCACUUCUCAAAGCUAUUGAAGAGUCAAGAAUUUCAGUCAUUAUACUCUCUCAAAACUAUGCAUCUUCUUCAUGGUGCUUGGAUGAACUUGCGACGAUUCUUGAGUGUAAGGAAAGAAAGGGACAAAUUGUUUUACCGGUGUUUUACAAGGUAGAUUCAUCAGAAGUGCGACAUCAAAGAAAUUGUUUUCGAGAAGCAUUUCUCAAACAUGAAGAAAGAUUCAGAGAUGAUCAAAUGAAGGUGCAGAAGUGGAAGACAGCCCUAAAAGAAGUGGCCAAUUUGUCGGGGUGGGAUUUAAAGAAUUAUAGGAAUGAGCAUGACCUUAUUCAAGAAAUCUUUGAAGGGGUGAAUUCGAUAUUAGUGAAAGAGACAUACUUUCAAGUUUCCAAGUAUCCAGUUGGUAUAGAGUCUCGUGUACAAGCUAUGAAGUUGCUUUUAGAUAUAAAGAAGAAAGACAGUACAUGCAUGGUAGGAAUUGUCGGGAUUGGUGGAAUUGGUAAGACAACUCUAGCUAAAGCUAUCUACAACUCAAUUGCUUCUCAGUUUGAAGGUAGUUGUUUUCUUGAAAACGUUAGAGAAACUUCCAAGCAAAAGGGCGGUUUAAUCCAUUUACAAAAUAAACUUUUAUCAAAGAUUUUAGGAGGUCCAAGUCAAAUGGUUGACAAUGAUGAUCAAGGAGUUACUUUGAUAGAGAAGAGGCUUCACCUAAAAAUGAUACUUUUAGUUCUUGAUGAUGUGGAUAAGUCAAUCCAAUUAGAAAAGUUAGCUGGAAAAAAUGCUUGGUUCGGCUUAGGAAGUAGAAUCAUUAUUACAACAAGAGAUAAACAUUUACUUCGUGCACAUGAUCAAGUUGAAUCAAUUUACCCGCUGAAGGAGUUGGAUCACGAUGAAGCUCUUCAGCUUUUUUGUUGGAAUGCCUUCAAAAGUGACAAACCUAAUGGUGGUUAUGUUGAAGUCACAAAAGAUGCAAUACAUUAUUGUGGAGGAUUGCCACUAGCUUUAACAGUGCUAGCCUCGGCUCUAAAAGGAAAGGAUGUAAAAUAUGUUCGAAAAAUGCUAGACGGUUGUGGUUUCUGCUCAAAUACUGGUAUCGAUGAGCUAAAGGAUAAGUGUCUCAUAACUGAGGAUUGGAGAUUGUUCACGAUGCAUGACUUGUUGCAAGAAAUGGGUAGAGAAAUUGUUAGACAAGAAUCCAAAGAACCUGGCAAACGUAGUAGGUUAUGGUUUCAUGAAGAUGGAACCAAAAAAGUUGAGGGCAUAUUGAUAAAUUUGCCUGAUCCAGACCUUAUAGUACACUUGAGUCCUGAAACCUUCAAGAAGAUGAAAAGGCUCAGAUUGUUUAUAAGCCGUAAUGCAAGCUUUUCUGAACAGCCUAAUAUUUACUCUAAUGAAUUAAGAGUGAUAGAUUGGGCUAAGUAUCUUGGAGAAUUUUUUCCAUCCAAUUUUCAUGGAAAGAACCUUGUGAUUUUAAGAAUGGCUCAUAGUCGCAUCAAGAUAUUGGAGGGAGUUCAGGAUUUCCAAAACUUGACAACUAUGGAUUUUUAUUACUGUAAAUUCCUUGAAAAAAUCCCUGAUGUUUCAAGGAUCCCAAAUUUAAAAUCGUUGAAACUUGUUGGUUGCGAAAAUCUAGUUAAGGUUCAUAAAUCUGUUGGAUUCCUUGAUCAGCUCGUUGAGUUGCUCAUUAUAUUUUGCUCUAAUCUUAGCAGUUUUCCAAAAAGGUUCAAGUUGAGAUCUCUAAAAUAUCUCAAAUUUUUUGGUUGUUCAAUGAUUAAGAACUUUCCUGAAAUUGAGUGUCGAAUGGAAUGUUUAGAGAAUAUCUACUGUUAUGAUACUGGUAUAGAAGAACUGCCUUCAUCCGUUGGCUACCUUGUUGGACUUAAAAAAUUGCAUCUAGGCAAUUCCCAAAACCUUAAGGAUCUUCUGCGUCAAAUGCAACAUUUAGAGGAACUUUCUCUAGAUGAUUGUUAUAGGUUAAAAGAACUCCCUUCAUCCAUAGGGUACUUGGGUGGGAUAGAGGAAUUAAAUCUAUACUAUUGCACAAAGCUAACGAAUUUUUCAGACUCAAAUUUCUUAAGGGCACUUGGUUGUGGCUUCACGUUGCACUAUUUAAAUCUAAUAGGGAGUGGUAUUGUUACCCUUCCUCGAUGUAUCGAAAGUUUUGUUGGAUUGAAGUUCCUUUAUUUGGAUGAAUGCAAGCAACUUCGAGAAAUUCUAGGACUUCCACCAAAUGUAGAAAUAGUGAACGCCAGUGAGUGUGUGUCAUUGGAAAUAUUUUUAGAAGGAAGUAGAAGAUCUCAAUUGUUUAAUACGGAGGAUCCACCGGUGCCUGUGGGGGUUGGAACAGAAAUUCCAGGACAACAAUCAUUGAGAGAGCUAGAUUUAUCAGGUAGCGCUAUUGCUAGCCUUCCUACAUGGUUCAACAGAUUUGUCAGAUUGGAGAAGCUUGACUUGAAAAAUUGCAAGCAACUUCGAGAAAUUCUAGGACUCCCACCAAGUUUGAGAAAACUGUCUACUUGCAAUUGCUUGUCAUUGGAAGUAUUUUUAGAAGAAGCUAGAAGAUGUCAAUUGUUUAAUACAUGUGUCCCACUAGAUCAUUUGCGGGUUGAAACGGUAUCUUCGGCAGUGCAACCUUUGGAACAAAAGUUUCAACUUGAAUACCCUUUCAACAGUUUGGAAUUUUUAGAUCUAAGUGGUACCAGUAUUGUUAGCAUUCCUACAUUGUUUAACAGAUUUGUUCGAUUGAGAUAUCUUAGGCUGUAUCAUUGCAAGCAACUUCGAGAAGUUCUAGAGCUUCCACAAAAUAUAGAAUAUGUAGAAUUGGGUGGAUGCACGUCAUUGGAAAGACUUCCAUUUAAUAAUAUAUACGAUUUACCAAAGCUUUGGUGGAUUGACUUCUCCGAUUGCCCUGACCAUAUAGGGAAUGAUGUGCAAAAUCAAUUAUUCAGUGAGGGACAUCCUAAUCCUAAGGUCCGUGAAUUUGAGUGUAUAUAUCCGGGAAAUAGGAUUCCAGAUUGCUUCCACUAUUGUAAAGAGGUUUCAAAUACUAAUUUGUGUGAAAUAGAUAUCAAUGGGCCUGUACAUUUGGAUUCAGAGAAUACAACAUUUGCUUUCUUUGCUGUUAUUGGAGUGAGGGAUGCACAACUUGAACGUUCUUUUCGGUUUGAUGUCAAAGUCUCCAAUAUUAAUGGUCAACUAUUCUAUUCUCGUUUCUCUUAUGCCAGGUCAAAUUGUGUAUGGUUUAACACAAGUUCAUACCAUUCUCAGCUAAAGACGGAUAAUUUUCGAGUUAAAUUUGAGUUCACAAAUCCUUCAGCGUUCUUUAAAAGUUGUGGAUUCCAUAUAGAACAAAGAUAUGAAGAGAAAUCUAAAUGUUUAAUAGAUGGUGUUCAACUUUCUAAGAGACGCCAUGAUGAUGAUGGCAACUUAGAAUUGUACCCACAACAAAAGAGGCAUUCUUCGCUCCAGAAAACUUUGUAG